AUUAAUUUAUCAUAUAGGUUUAAUUGAAAUGUUUGCAUUACAAUCAAUAUUAGGUCACUUCAAAGUAUUAUACUACCAUACUAAUAAAAGGUGUUUAAUGUAAAUGUUAUUGAUUGGAUACUUAAUGAAAUAUGGAUUAUUUCCUGACAGAAAACAUGUCGACUUAAAGAAAAUGGAUUUGAGUUCUGAAUUUUGGUUUCCAUGACAAUAGAGAUGACAACGGGUCCAUUGGAAGCCCAUGUUACCUGUAAAUGCAACCAGUUAAAAUUCUCAACCAAAGCAGCAUACCCACAGUGCAGAUGCAAACAUGUGUCGUGUUUACAUGAAAAUUAUAUCUACGUCUAUGCCGGAAAGGAUGGGAAUAUAUCACUCAGGGAUUUUUGGAGGUUAAGUAUAAGUAAUCUGAAAUGGGAGGCGCUCAGUUUCCGAGGUGAUACCCCACAACAUUUAGAGGGUCAUACACUGGUAUCAUGUAAGAAACUGCUCCUUCUGUUUGGUGGAGAAUUUGGUGAUUGUUUAACAGAGUCCUCUCUCUGGAUAAUUAAUCCAGAUCUUGGCUACAUAAGGAAAACUGUGCUAGAUGUUGGAUCAGAGAGACCGUGUAUACGACGGCAUCAUUCAGCUGUUGUUUAUAAUGGUGCCAUGUACAUUUAUGGAGGCUAUAUAGAUAUGAAAGGUUCAAGUGCUGAGCUGUGGAGAUACCAAGUUGAUGAUGAGGAAUGGGAGCUUGUGUCACCACGGCAACAGAUACGUAACACUCCCAGUGGUCGCCAUGGUCACACAGCAGUGGUAUAUAACAAACAUAUGUGGUUAUAUGGUGGAAAUACUGAUCUCUCGGCUAAACAAGAUCUAUGGAGUUACAGCUUUGGUGUAAACAGAUGGGACAGAGUGAAGUUGAAGUAUGGGCCUCCGGCUCUCACUGGACACACAGCUACUGUGAUUGGUACCCGGAUGUUUAUAUUUGGAGGUGAGACAAGCAGGGAACCAUGCAACCAGUUGUGGUACUACUGCUUCAGAACAUUGAGAUGGACUCAGAUCUUUUUAAAAGAGCAGAUACCGUCACGAACAUUCCAUUCAGCACUGCUUGUUACCCCUAGUAACCAACAAGAUAAUUCUGUGAAAGCAGGUUCUGUACCAUACCUUCAGAAAAAAAUUGCAAAACUAAGUUUAGAACGACCUCGAUCCAGUCCAGGUGUAAGACCUGGAUCAAGUAAACUCUUGCAAAAGUCAGGAUCUCAGGACAGCUUGCAUGUUGAGAAGUCUGUGUCAUCCAGGAGCAGGAGUAGAAGUCUGUCGAAAGAAGGUGUUACUAUAAAUAGAACAUGUAUUGAAAAACCGAAUGUUUUGAAAUUGUAUGCGGAGGGAAGUGAGGAAUGUUUGAAAAUGGAGCCGUCACCGUCGGAAAACACGGCAGAUAAGUCGCCACUUUGUCCAAAAAAGAUGGAUGUUAAUUAUAAUGCCAUUGAUAUGUUAGAUAGAAAUACUGUAAAUAAUGGUCUAGACAAUCCAGGGAUCUCUGACAGUACGGAGGAACUAAUACGUGAAAGUUACACUAAACACGGCAGAUUGAAAACUGAAAUUCUCUGUGAUAGAAACCGUCCCUCAGCAUUCAUGAGAUCUCUUAGUUACAUGACAGAACAAGAAAAGCGUAAAAACAUGUUUUGUGACAGCUCGGAAACCUUAGUGUCAGUCAUAGCUGGUAGCUAUGACUCUCUAGUCAGUGAAGGUGAUGAUAGACUGGAAACUUUUACUGUGAAAAAAAGCAGACUGGAUCCAGAAUUGGUUCUUGAGGACUUAGAAUAUUUAGACUGCUUUCCCCAUGAUAUUCAGAUUCCUUACCCAAAUUCAACCCCUUUUAGAUUUUCUUCCUUCAAAUCAGCAGAGUCGCUGUUGCAUGACUCAGGGAAAUUAGAAACAAUUGAGCUGGAACGUUGCCAUGACUUUAUGACGACGAACAAGGUCAGGAGUUCUUCUGUCACAGAAAUGAACGUUGGAAGUGAAAGUGUAAAAUUUAAUAAAAAUAGGGAUUCAGUGCAGAUCUGUGGAUUACAGAGGUCAGAUAAUGUAGAAAAUAUGAAAAAUAGAGAAAAUCUAACAAAGUCAGGGCAAUUGUAUGAAAAAAUCAAACAUGACAGAGAUUCUAGAAUUGGUGUAAGGGAGACUACUUUAGAGAAACAGGAAGUUGGUAGAGAAGUAAUGGAAACAACCUUUCAGAGUGUAAAUGUAAAUCCAUCUCAAAAUGAAAGUGUAUCUGGGAUAUACAGAAAAAAUACAAAAUCUCCACCAAAGGCAGUACAGAGCACUGAGCCACCAUACAUUCUAAUCAUUGGAGGAAAAGACAAUACUACCGUCAACUUUGGCAUUAAACCAUUACCCCUGUGGAAACUGCAAAUAAACUCUAUGUCAUGAUGAUUGUUCUGUAUCUAGAGAAGCUGGUUUAACUACUGUCUGGUACCUGGGAGGCCAUUAGUACUGUAAUGCCUGGUACCAGAGAGAUGAAAUUUUCUACUAGUCUGGAGCCAGGGAAACUGUUUCUAGAAUCCUGGUACCAGAGAUGUGGCUUUUUCACUAGUUGGGUAUCAGUGAGCCUGAAUAUUCAAGAAGCUGGGGAUCAGAGAUACUAUUUCCUCCCAAUAAUGCCCAGUACAAGAACAUCUUCUUUCCUAGUUAGACAUCAGGAGGACUGAUUAUAGGUCUGGUACCAAUAAGCAUGAAUCAUACACAAGCUAGGGACCAGAGGAUGUUAGGCUCCUAACUUAUUCUAGUACACCUGGUACAAAGGAAUUCAGGCUAAAAACCAUUUCUUCUUUUUCAGACCAGGAAUCACUGCAGCUUACACAUGCACACACUUAUGCUGUCACAAUUUUAUAACAAUAAUCACUUUUACAGUAGCAAAGGGAGGCCACCCUUUAAAGACUGAAGUAGAAGAUGGCUGAAAGUUCUUCAGUUAUCCUGUCUUAUUCUUACUUUUACGUUAUAUAAUUAAACCAUAAAAAAGGAAGAAAGUUGAACACACGACCAAUAACUGAAUUUUAUACCUUUAUAUGUUAAGUUUAUUAAAUAGAAACAUGUUGAAUUGACUAUGAAUAAUAUACCGGUACCAUUACAUGUAUGGCGUAUUGUGACAAAUAUAUUUUACUUGAUACAUAUUUUCCAUUUUAUUGAGUUUGUUUCAUAUUCAUGAUAAUUUUGCAUAAUUAAGUUAUAUGUGGCAGCUGUGUUAUGUUUGUACUUUAUUCACCACAUAAUCACAUUUUAAAGAACUUUUAGCAUAAUGCAUACUAUAAGUCGGUUAACCCUUAUCAUGCUGGACACAAUUGAUUCUGCCUUUGCGACCAGUGUGAAUCAUGAACAAGCCUGCACAUCCAUGCAAACUGAUCAAGAUCAGCACUGUUCGCCAUUCAGUCAGUAUCUUUUUUUUUUGAAAACACCCCUUUUAACAGUUAAUGGUUCUGUCCAAAUUGAAAGAUGGACAGGUUCAUUAUAGAAAUUUAGCAGGGUAAAGGUUAACAGAACAACAUGAUAAAUCAAACCAUGUAGCAACAUAGACACAGUGCUACAGAAUUUGUCCAACUAUUUUACAUUUUAGACAUAUUGGCAUGUAUAGCAGAACAUUUUUUUUUUAUUAUUUAAUGCAGUAGGAAUCAGUGAUAUGUCACACAGAAUAAUUCAAUCGCACCUCCAUAUACCGGUAUAUAACCUCUUUGUGUUUAAAUUGAUUAAAACAUGCUUCAGCUAUAUAUCAUUUCUUAAAUCUGUUUAUACCAUUACAGACAAAUGUGUAACCUUUAAUAGUUAUAUUUCAUCGACAAAUGUAUCAAAAUUUCAUAAGAUAUUAUGAUGUUCUAGUCUGUGAUACAGUUCUAUUUCAAAAUUUUAUAUUAUAUUUAAUCUGUCUUUGUUAUGUAUGUUUAUUUCUGUGUAUCAGGUAUUAGUAUUUUUGUUAAAAGCAUAAUGUGCCUAUAUCUUGUAUUUCCUGUAGUUUAUUGCAUUAAUUUUAUAAUGCCUAAUAUGUAAUUCUGUCUCGUUGAAAAAUGCUCAUAGCCCGCCUGCUUGGCUCAAUAGGGAGAGUGCAGGUCUACGGAUUGCGGUGUUGUGAGUUCGACCCUAGGGCAAAUUGUAUUUUCUCAGUGGCGAUUUGAUAAAAGACAUUGUGUCUGAAAUCAUUCGUCCUCCACCUCUGAUUAAUACAUGUGGAGAAGUUGGCAGUUACUUGCGGAGUACAGGUUUGUACUGGUACAGAAUCCAGGAACCCCGGUUAGAUUUUCUGCCGGCCAUUACAUAACUGAAAUACUGCUGAAAAUUGGCGUUUAACCCAAAACAGACAAACAAACAGAAAUGCUCAUUUGUUAUUACAAAGAAACUCACUAUUGAAGUAAAAUGUAAAGCAAAAUUUCUGUAUAAAUAAACUUCAGUAUAAAUGCUUCAUUAACAGAGUUUUUUAAUGAAAAUUUUGCACUUUUAAGUCUAUUUUUUCCUUUUAAAUACAUUUGAAACUCAGGAUGUUAAAGAAAAAAUGGCCAAGAAAUCAAUGUAUUACACUGCAGUGUCAUAAUUUUAUUUAUGUUUUGAAUGUAUGUGCCAUCAUUGUAUACAAAUGUCACUUUUUAUUGUAUCCUAGUUAUUUACUCUCCCACCUUUUCACGGCCUAAAAUAUAAUCCAUUGCUGCAUAAUGGCUAUGUCGUCAAGCAUAUAGAUAUAUCUAGAAGACCAAAGACCUAUUUUAAAGGCCUUAUUGUAUUAUAUAUAAAUGUAGUGACUAGGUAAUUUUGAUAUUUUGAUGGUAUUGUAAAAUCACUGUGAUUCAUGCGGGACUGAUUUUCAUGGAUAUCUGAGUAGAAUCCAAAUCUAAAUAAAAUUCCAAUGAACAAGUAAAAUUCUCAUUCACUUUAAAUUAAGAAGUUGAAACCCUGAAAUUUAUAUUCCCAUGAAGUAGCCAUUUUGGCCGAUAUUUUAGUUUAUAUACUGAUUUAUUUUAGCUGGAUUGCGAUGAAAACUUUCUCUUGAGUCGGUUUCCUGGUAAAACCAGUACUGGUGUCAUAUGAGAAGGUGUGGCGGUGACCACUGUGUGGCCCAAACCAACAACGCCUGGGUUGAGUGGCCGAUACCUUAAAGACUAGACCACUGCUUUGCUUUUUUCUGGCCAAUACCACAAUAGUGCCCAUAAACAGUUUUACAGUAGAAAAUACUGAUAUUAAUGAACAAACCAUAUUGUGUUAAGAAAGUUCUUUUUAUUUUAUUUGUACUAUAUUCUUGAGUUUAAUGUCAAGACAGAAUAUAUAAAAAUGUUAUCUAUAAGACUAGAAUAAAUUAGUAAUUUCAGACUUUUAUGAACCCUUUAGGUUUUAAAUUGUCAAUUUAGAUAUCCAUGUUUUGCGAAAAACAGAUUUUUUUUGAAAAACUCCAGCUGUAGGGUGUCACAAUACAUUUGUACUUUUUUCUGGAAUGCCUAUUUUCAAUGUUUUUAUUCGAAUAUUGAAACUCAAGUUUCUAAGUAGAAGUUCUAGCGAGAUAGAAAAUGCAGAUCAAACUGAAGUUCAAGUCUAAUUCCAGCAACUUCCAACAGUAUCAUAAUUGAUACUAGCAGUAUUCUGUUUUCAUUUAUUGUAAACUCCCCAAAUUUUUUAGGGAUGAAAUUUCAUGUUUUUGGCCAAAAAAAAGUUAUGUUUUGGGAUAUGAAUUCAUGGAUUUUCAACUUUUGAAGAUAAAAAAAAAAAGAUGGGGAGUACGAUGGGAGUACAAUUUAUUGUUUAUUCAUUGUGAUUUAAUUUGUGGAUUGAACCAUAAAAUUUAGGCCACCUUGAAUAUUAAUGAUUUUACAGUUUUUUCUUAACUAGAUCUUAAUGGUUUACAGUGAAUGCAAAUUUUUGCCAAUCAUUUUUGUUUCAGUUCAUUAAAAAUCACUUGGAAAAAAAAAAAUUUUUUUUUUUAAAUGGAGGUUUCCCCCAGUCAUGACAUUGGUUUGUUAAAACCUGAAAGCUGUAAAUCGUAACAUUUUACCAAAGUACUGUUGAAUUUAUUUUUGUGAUGUUAUACUUUUUUACUACAAACAUUUUUUUUUUUGGAAAGGAAUAGAGACACACAUACAGUUUUGUUUGAUAUUACAUUUUUGUAUUUCAUUAUGUUUAUGAUUUUGAGAUUAUUUCUGUUUGUAAUUUAUUAAUAUUAAGAAAUUAUUAAAACAUACUUCAUAUACUAUUAGAUAUAUAUUCAUAUAUACUGUCAUAGUAUACUCCUUAUUUAUAAUCAUAAUUUCCAUAUAUCAUUUGUCAUAUAAAAAGGACUUUCUGUAAAUAUUUCUAAUUUUAUUUCUGUUCAAUUUAAGAUGGUAUAUUUUAGUCAACAAAUUUUUUUUUUCUUUGUAGGAGUUAAAAAGGAAACAAAAAAUGCUAAGAGCAUAUUCAAAAAACCUGCUCUGUACAUCAUUUUUCACAAACUUUGACAAAGUCUUUUUCAUGUUUGUAAACAAUAGAUAAACUUAAGAAAUAAUUUAUAGCAAAGCCGUUUUUUAAACACUAUUAAUUUUAUGCACUUGAGAGGUUAUAUGUCGUUUGUAAUAAUUUCACAUGGACUGUGCUCUUGUGAAAUUAUUGCGCCCGACGUAUAACCGUCCUUCGUGCAUAAAUAGUGUUAAAACACGGCUUUGCUAUAAAUUACUUCUUAAAUAAAACUGUAAAACUUAGAUAUAGCAAAUUUUGGUCAGUAGAAACCAUUUUGUGGAUUUUCAUAGGGCUACAGAGCCGUCAUGCUUUGGCUGUAGAGCCUGUUUUUGAAGUUUUGUAAGAUUUUUUCAAAGAUGUUCCAGACUUGAAAAUAGAUAAUUUUUAUGAAGUUUUAUGAACAAAUUUUAAUGGGACCUGUCUACACAAGCAGGCAGCAUGAGUUAAAAAUAGAAAAAAAAGAACUUAAAGAUAAAUUUCUUUUGAAAAACUUUUGGGUUUUGCACCCAAAUUUUUCUGCUGAAUCGGCUUUUUUCCCUUUUAGUGAACACCCCUUCAAAUAACAAAUGGUAUUGCCCAAAUUGAAUGAAGGACCAGUCCAUUUUAGAAAUUUAGCAGGCUAAGGGUUAAGCUGUAUAUUAUUACCUCACAUAAAGAAAUACCAUCAUCUAUUUAGAAGGUAGUUAUAAUCAGUAUGAGCUACAGAUAUUUUAAAAGCCUUGCAUAAACUUCUUAAUUAUAUCUUGUAUACUUGAAUCAGUUUAUAUCAACUUGCUGCUGUUAGCAUUAAAGCACAAAUAUAAGCCAGUGUUAUUACUGCUAUUUUAUUCAUAUGGCAAGAAUGUAUUCUGUGUUGCCGAGAGUAAAUAGCGUAGUCGUGUAUCAUUAUAACCCAACUGUGAUAUAUUACAUUUAAUCUGGCAGGUCAUUGUAUUAUACCUUGUUAUUAUACAUGUAUAAUCUAUUGUAUUUAAUUAUUGUAAUAUUUCAUCAUUAUCACUUAUAGUUUUAUGUUAGUGCAUGAUGUCAUUGUACAUUUGUACAUGUUAAUGUACCGGAGUUACAGGAAUUGGUGCAGGGACAUUUUUUUGGGUCGACUUGUGAAUUUUAAUUUUAAAGAGUAGUAAAUAAAUGUAAAGACAAGUUAGUGAAAACAAUUGAAGUUUAAUGUAUUAUGGGUAAUUGUACCUUUUCAACUAUUUCUAAUGAACAACUUUUUUUUUUUUUUUUUUUUUUUUUUUGUUAAAUAUUUUCAAGCCGAACUUUUGUCAGAAGGACCCGAACAUAGGACAUGCUGGAUUACCACUAAGAAUACAGUUAGAUUUCUGUUAAUGAGCUACAACUUACAGUAACAUAGAUACUCUUAAGAUACUUGUACGAUAAGGCACUUGUCUCUAUAGCUUCCCAAGAAAUGAUCAAAAGAGGGAAUGUCUUGAGUGUUGAAGUUAUAAACUGUAUGUUUUUAGGUAAAGCCCCGCUGGUUAAAUCAGAAGGUAGAUCAUAAGACUGGAGUCUGGACUUUAUGUCUGCUAAAUUUUCAGGAGUAUUAGUAAUAGCUUGUAAACAGUGUUUGAAAUAUUUUUGAAACUAUAUGGCUUCAUUUAGAUUUAUAUACUUGUCUAGAUAACUUAUAGUCAAUUCAAUUUGCUCACAAGCAUACCAAAUGCUACUUGGUGCACUUAAAUCACUUUUUGACUAUCAUAUAUCAUUAUUACUUAUCAUGUACUCACUGUAUGGCAUUUUGUAAUCAAUUUUGUUACACGUUCUGCAUGUUGUUAAAUUGUUAGUAUUUAUCUGUUUUAAGUAUUAAAUCAUAAACAAAUCUA